AUGAACGAUGAACCGCAUGCCCACGAAACGCUGGUGGCCAAGGCCCGGCGAUCAGGACUCAAGGAUCACGAAACGGGCAGCAUCAGUAGUGAGGAGAGUCUAAGUGGAAGCGUUGCUUCCGUGGUGCCAGCAAUUGCCAGUACCGAAUGUCCGCCAGAGAUUACACCAGCGAUGCAGCAAUCUCUGAGAAUCUAUCUGCUGGAACCCUUCAUUUUGAUUCUUCUCUUCGCAUACAACUUUUCCUCCACUGUUUUGAAAAAUGAAGUCAUCUAUCAGAGCUGCACAGCCGGUUUUGGUUAUCCGGAUAAUGUUUGCCGACUGUUGGGCACCAAGAAUGCAACAAAUGAGACAAAGCGAAUUGAGGAGGAAGUACAACCAUAUGCUGCCCGGGUAACUCUGGUCAUGAGAAUGGUGGAGUGCUUUAUUCCGGCAUUCUGCGGACUCUUUGCUGGCGCCUGGGCGGAUCGCUAUGGUCGCAAGCCACUGCUUAUGUGCUCCUUUCUAGGCUAUGGCCUGCAGUAUCUUAUUUCAGCGGCAAUUGCCUAUUGUGCCAUUCAGACUCACGGUCAGGUCAGUCCCUGGUGGUACGUACUUUCCAUUGUGCCGAUUUCAUGCUUGGGCAGCAGUGUUACCUAUUCCGUGGCCGCCGUUUGUUUCAUUGGCGAUGUGUCCGAGGGAAAAAUGCGUUCUUAUAGACUGAUUGCUUACGAACUGGCGAUAUAUGUGGGUUUGCUCCUUGGAAGCUUUGGCUCUGGCUAUGUCUAUGAGGCCACUGAUGCCUAUGUGGUUUUAAGCAUAUCGGCGGGCUCUAUUCUGGUAGCUCUCUUCCUGUUGUCAGCCCUGCUUCCGGAGAGUCUGCCAAAGGCGGAGAGGUCUGCAACGACGCCAACAAGCGACAAGAAUACUCUAUCUCUGCUGAAGGACAUGUGGAACAGCUGCAGCAAGCCCCGGGAACAUUAUAAUCGCUCGAUUAUACUAACCAUUAUGGUGGUUUUGCUGUUAACCGCCUUUGUGGCAGAUGGCAGCAACUCGGUGUUUUACCUGUUCAUGAGGGCCAAGUUCCAUUGGAGUGUGAAACAGUUCACAGAGUACGAGACUGUCAGCAUUUUGGUGCCAGCAGUGGCAGGAUCUGGUGGAGUACUCUUCAUUUGGUCCCUCCGGAAGUGUACCAACUCGGCAGUGCUGUGGCUGGCAUUGGUCUCUCUGCUGAGCCACUCCUCCAGCAGCUUGAUGAAGGCCUUUGCCAUGGUGAGCUGGCAGAUCUACGUAGCUAUUGGUCUUGGCGUGUUCAAGUCCCUGGUGAAUCCCAUGUGUCGCACCAUGAUCACCAAUCUACUGCCGGCCGAUGAGCGGGGUAAAAUCUUCGCUCUACUCAGCGUUGUGCAAAAUCUCUCGCCUUUGGUGUCUUCCAGCUUGUAUUAUGCAAUCUAUACGAGAACCCUGGACAGUGAUCCGGGUAUUUUUAAUUUAUUCAGCACCUUUCUCUAUAGUCUGGGAUUAAUUCUUCUGGGCAUUGUUUGGCUCGAAAAGACAAAGAAUCGGGUGUACUAUGAGCCGGUUUUUAGAUGAUUAUGGCUCAGAGACUGUCGGAGAGUUAAGCCAACUUUCGCAUAUCAAUUAUACAGAUGGCUUGGCGCCACCGGGAACUCCCUCGAACACCAAUCAUCUAUACAUCAUUUUAUACUUAUUUACAUAAUCUCGUAUCUGCCUCGAUCUCUCUCAUUCCCUUUGGGUUGAAAAUAUUCUCUUAUUACUGAAAUCAAAAUACUUUCUCAUUAACAAAAAAUGUGGGUUAUUUUUUCUGAUGGGGCCAGCGGCGUGUGCGCCCAGAAACAUCUAUACAAGAGAAUACAAUAAUAAGAAUGUGCAAGCGUUUGUAUAGCCUGAUAAACUUCAGAUUUCAGCUAACGCUAAUUUCGCUUGCUAAUUUUCGAUUUUCUGAAUUAGUCGCCAGAUUUUUUUACACCUCAGAUCAAGAUCGGUUGGUGGGGCCAAAAGGCAGGCGCCUCCAUAAACAAAAAACCGAAUGGAACUCAAUUUACGCACAAUUUAAUGCCCCAACAGAGCAGAACGAAAUCCCUGGAAUUCUACCUGGACUGCAUUGGUAUUGGACCAUAUCGCAUGAAUUGUCAUCCAUCCGUCAUCGAGGCCAAUUAAAAUCAAUAUAAAAUAAUAAACA